AUGGGACACUUAACCGAACGCGAUCUCCAAGAUCUUAGCAUACCAACAAUCAAUGAAGCCUUGGCGAAGUACGCAGAACUACGCGGAGUGCAACCCAUUGACCCUUCGAAAUGGGCAUUUUAUGUAGCCUUCGUAUUCUAUCGUUUUGCGAACUUAUUACCGAUGACUCCACAAGCUUUAUCAAAAAAGGCGCAAAAACUCUACACGAUUGUCAAGGACAUAGUCCACACUGACAUCCUGCCCAUUGAGCAAGAACUGCUACGGUAUCAACUUGGACCUGAUCGGUGGAUACCACAUCCAAAACUGGAAGAAAUCAAGAAGAAGGCCAAGUCACUAGGAGCAUGGAAUUUGUUCAUUUCCGAGCACAUCGAUCCCGACAGAAGUUAU